GCGCAUUACCCAGCAUGCACCGUGGGCUUUAGCCAUCUUGUUGAGAGGUGGAAUUUUUUUUUUCAUCACAAAUUUUGUUUCCCGAAAGUCCGUGAUCCGGAUUCAGUCUCAGCGCGUUAUCGCCUCGGGAGCGUGUGUACAAGCGCAGGAGCGCGAGUUGGCGUUUACACCAUGAGAUUAUUGUAGUUGUUACAAAAGCGUUUAUUUUGUAUAAGAUGCUAAAUGUGAGGCCGGGGGGAAGCGGGCCCCCAGCUCGCGCCUCGGACUAAAGUGGCAGCUCACGCCCGGGAGCAGCGCUCUCUCACUCGGCCUUGUGUGCACCGCGGACCCGGGACGGAGGCCGGGUCACUCCGGCUGAAAAACAACAAACAGUCGGUAUUAAAGUCGGAUCUCGGUUUUAAUGGCCAUCUCUUGGUUUGAUCGCGCUUUAGGAACGCACCAGGACAGCAGUCGAAGAGGAAGCGGCAUGACGUAUGAUCAUUUAGUUUAACAGCUAAAAACCUCCUGUUGAUCCGACGCCAGUUUCCCCCCUGACUUGUGUGUUUAGCGGAGAAAAGCAGCAGCAGCGCUUUGACUUUGUCAGUGUGUUUAAACAGCGCGUUCGGUCGCCUACACGAGUGUCGGACACGUCUCAGGAUGUCAGCCAAGAAGAAGAGCUGCUUCCAGAUCACCAGCGUGACCCAGGCUCAGGUGGCCACGGGCGGCUGCGCCGAUGACUCCGAGAGUCUGGACGAUCCGGAUGAGUCCAGAGCCGAGGACGGAUCUUCGGAGAUCUACGAGCCGGAAGUGUGCGAGCGGAGGAGCUCGUCAGUGCACAGCGUCGGAGAAAGCGAGGCCGGGCACAGAGGGGCACAGCAGGGGCAGCUUGCUCACCACCCUGGAGCUCCUGGUUCAGCAGGUGGUCCUGGUCACCAGGUCACCUCUAACACCACCCCUACCAGCUGCAGUUCACGCUUCCGUGUGAUUAAGCUCGACCAUGGCACAGGAGAGCCUUUUCGCAGGGGUAGGUGGACAUGCACAGAGUUUUAUGAGAGGGAACCCGAUGUGGCGACCGGUAGAACAUCAGAGGCGCCCAAGCACGCCAGCGAACACACCCCUGACCGGGACAGCGGAUUAGGUGCCUCUGUAGUGGUUCAGUCCAGUCAGGCGACGGAUGUCACCGCCGCCACCUGCACCACCACCACCACCAUGAUGCUCGAUCCGUCCACGUCACAUACCUCUGUGCUCCCUUUGGAAUCCGGUAACGACCCCAGUAAAACAGCUCAGCCGGCUGUUCCCCCUCAGGCUCUUAUUGUGUCAGGCUUAACCCAAGGCUCUCACGUGCAGAUCUCACCUGCUACUCCUCAAGCUUAUCAAACUCAGACGCAGCACAAUCCUCACUUACCCGUAGGCCUCCACAUACCAAGCCAAACAAGCAUGAUGCCUGACUACGGACAGCAGCACUUGCCUCAUGCCGUCCCCAUGCAAGGGGAGAUAAGCAUGCCUGUACCAGCCAGCCAGGCGGGGGCAUCCGUUCCGAACUUAAUUGACUGGGCAGGAGUGGUAAGUGCAGCAGUGAUGGCGCCUCUUGCCCCUGCACCCUCGGUUCAGAUCGGACCGUAUUCAGGUGUAGCCAUGACUGCUGGCCAAAAUUCACCUGUUCUUAGUACAGUAAACAUCCUAGUGCCCGAACAGAGUCGGAGGAAGUCUGAUGCGGCGGGUUCUGCUCCCCUUAUAGCCUCUGUUAAAGAGUCUGGGAAACCCUUGAUUACAGAGGAGUUGCCCCUUAUACCCAACCCUGGGGUAAACAGCCUGUUUGGGAUCCCCAUGGACGGGGACGAGGACAGGAACCCGUCUACACUUUUCUACAAAACCUUCCAGCCUGGUGUCAGGCUUCAGAGUGCCUCGGGAGCGAGCGUCGUGGCCAUCGAUAACAAAAUAGAGAAAGCCAUGGAUCUGGUGAAGAGCCACCUGAUGUACGCCGUGCGUGAGGAGGUGGAGGUGUUGAAGGAGCAGAUUAAGGAGCUGUGCGAGAGGAACUCGGUGCUGGAGCGUGAAAAUGCUGUGCUCAAGUCUCUCGCCAAUAGCGAGCAGCUCUCUCAGCUCUCGGGUCAAACGACCGCCGCGUCGACGCCCACGCAGACGCCGGCCUCCAACCCGCAGCAGCCCAGCGUCUCCUCCGCUUGACAUCACACGCACACCCACCAGCACGUCCUCGCUCAGCACCAGCUUUAACCAGCAGCGCUUCAGUAUACACGCGACGGUGUGUGUGUGUGUGUGUGUGUGUGUGUGUGUGUGUGUGUGUGUGUGUGGGGUGGGGACCAGAAUGAUGCAGAAGUGUUUCUCUCUCUUUUUGUUUUGUUUUUUUUUUGGGUUUUUUUUUUGUUUUGUUUUUUAAGAAGAAAAGCCAUGAGAAGGGUUUAUUUUUUAAAGCCGUUUUCGAGCAAGAGUCUAUUUUUUUGGAGCUGAUCAUGAUUCAUGAAAGGAAAAGAAAAAAAGUAUAUAUAUGAUUAUUAUUAUUAUUAUGAUGAUGAUUUUUUUUUUUUUGCUUGUCAAUUCACCAGUCAGUUAUUUAUUCGAGGGCUGCUACGUUCACACGUCCCGACUGUAAGAAAAACUUUUCCUCCUCUUCCUUCUCCUCCUUCUCCUCCUCCUCCUCACUCGACCCAGUAAAGUCAUUUAACAAAACACAAAAGGUGCAGCCGACAGAAAGGUGAGCGCGUGCGCGCACACACGCACACACACACACACACACCAGAUAAAAGCAGCGGGUUCAAACACUAACAGCCGUUUGUUUUUACGUCUCAACUGCGAAUGUGAAGGGGUCACGUGAGUGAAUGUACAUGUAUCUCUGUUGUUUAUUUUUGUUUUUGUACAGAGUUUUUUUUUGAAGAAGAACAAGAAGUGAAGAACCAUCUUCAGUUCUGUGGGACGAAAUGAAAAAAAAAGAUAUUUACGAACGGAUAUUUAGCGCUCUUUCUCUCUCUCUCUUGCUCUUUCCCUCCCUCUCUCACUCCCCCCCUUUUCUCUCUCCCUCCCCCUCCCUCUCUCUCUCUCCCCCUCCCUCUCUCUCUCUCCCUCUCACUCUUUCCCCAACAUUUCUCUCCCUCUCUCUCACUCUUUCCCCCACCUUUCUCUCUCUCUCUCACUUUCCCCCACAUUUCUCUCUCUCUCACCUUCCCCCACCUUUCUCUCUCUCUCACCUUCCCCCACCUUUCUCUCUCUCUCUUUCCCCCACCUUUCUCUCUCUCUCACUCUUUCCCCCACCUUUCUCUCUCUCUCUCUCUCUCACUCUUUCCCCCACCUUUCUCUCUCUCACUCUUUCCCCCACCUUUCUCUCUCUCUCUCUCUCUCACUCUUUCCCCCACCUUUCUCUCUCUCACUCUUUCCCCCACCUUUCUCUCACUCUCUCUUUCCCUCCCUGUCUCUCUCCCUCUCUCUCACUCCCCCCUUCUCUCUCUCUCUCACUCUUUCCCCCACCCUUCUCUCUCUCUCCACCCUGCCGCGCUUCACACCUGGACAUCUGAGUUCAUACUAAAACACACCUCCGGGGUUUACACUGUAUGACGCUGACGAGUCGUUAUUAUACUUAGUGGCUAAAUCGUGUGCAGAUUCGGUUUGUUAAAGGUGUAAAUUUCGGAUUUUCGAAUGACUUUCAUGAAUUAACGUGCGUAAAACAAGAACCCGUUAAAUAUAGACACGUCGUGCUGAGGUUCUAAAAUCCCGGUGCAGUGACGCAGCAGUGCGGAGGAAAGCGCGGCGUUUCGACUACAAGCGAAUUGUCGUUUUUAAAAAUCACCGUUUUAUUCAAUUACACACUUUUUUUUUUUUUUAAUUUUAUUUAUCUGGGGUAACGUGAAAGAGCCCUUCGAAAUGUUCUUCUCUAAUCGAAUAAGAAAUGGAUAAAACGGCUAAAAAGAUCAAUAGAAGUUUCAAAUGUUUAUCAUGAAGAGAAAAAAAAAAAUCAGUCGCUCAACUAUAUAUAUUACGUUAAUAAAUUGUACAUAGCUAGUUAACUGUUUUAAUAAAAUUGUUAAUCCUGUUUCUUUUUAAAACUUCAGUCGCGCGUGAAGCGGCCUCUCGUCUCCAAAGCACCGUUCACCGAACCCCACGGGACGUUUAGGGGUGUGGUGUAAUUUUAGACAAUUUGCAGUAGUUAGUGCCAAAAAGAAAAAACCAACGUGACGUUCUUCCUCUGUCGGCUCUGCCACCCUGCAGCUCCAGCCCUUGUUUUAAAGUAUAACGUGUAAUAAUCACGAGUGAACGAGGAAAUAAUACUCCUUAAGUAUUGUGAUGAGUCCGGAAUCGCGUCCCUGAUUGUGAACCUAAAGUUCUCGGAAGAGUUUGGAGCUCUGGUGUUCUUACAGUGUACUCCCCAGACCACGCCUCCAGAACGUAAAGCGCCAGGCCAACACCUCGGCCGUGUCUUUUCUUCAAACCAUGCACCACAAAACACACGUCGCUUUCAGUUAAAAACGUCCAGAAACACGGCACGGCGAUCCGGCUGCGUUUCGUUCACGUUCAUCUCACAAGAAGAGCUUGUGAACCGACUCGCCACCUCACAGCCGUGUUUUAUUCACGAGGCACGAUCCUGACAUCGUGGCUGUGUUUCAUUUCAGUAAAUCCCUAAUGUGAAAUGUACUUAGAACAAAUAAAAGAUUCUCACACGAUUCGUGCCCUUUAAAUAAAUAAAUAAAAUAAAAAGUGUUAGGUUUCUAAAUAAGACACAUCCGAUGUCUGGCUUCACGUCUGAGCCUUUAAAAACAAACAAACUGCGUCGGCUGUGUCUCAUUCACGGAUUUUUAUUUUGCAGUGACGAUGUAGUCGGACACCAGCAGCCAAGGUGACGGACUCGUCGUACUUCUGAUAAAGGUUCUUAAAAUAAGACACCGCCUAAUCAUCUGACUCCUGUUUAGGUUUUUUUUUAUGUUUUCAGGUUAGGAUGGGGGUUUACAAAAAAAAAAAGCUGUGAAAAAUCGUUUCAACCGACUUUGUAACCAAAGAUGCAAAGCAGUUUAAUUCUUUUCUUUUUUUUUCUUCUUAAUUUUAUGCACAUUUUGUUGUUCACGAUUGUCGUCGCUUUUUAGCAUGUUCUUGCAUGUUCUAGUAUUUUCUUCUUUUUUUUUUAUGUUGAACCACUUCCAUACCUCAUGUUUGUAUUCUGGUUGUGAGAUAGCAGGCUGUGAACAAUGUCGCGACAAGGGGCGGG